AUGACUUUCUAUUACAAGAAAUCUUCAUUUGUUGCCUUUCUAAUCUUCGCGGUAUUGAUCGUUGCCACUUUCGGCGCGAAAAAUGAUAAAAGAGAUUCACUUAAAAAACGCGACGGUGAAGAUAAGGCAAAAACGGUCACGACCACAGUCAUAAAAAUAGUUCCAACAACUGUUAUAAAUUCUACAACAAUUACAAAAACGACAACCGUUGCCAAUUCUACGACCAUUACGAAAACGACAACUAUUGCAAAUUCUACAACUAUUACAAAAACAGUUCCGACAACUACAACACUCCUAAAACCGACAACUGUUACAAAUUCUACGACCAUUACGAAAACGGUUCCGACAACUGUUGUAAAUUCUACAACAAUUCUAAAAACAACAACUAUUAGUAAUUCUACAAUUACAAAAACGACUACGAAAAUUAUCACGACCACUACUCUCAAAACGAUUAUUACUUGUCCAACUAAAAAGAAAGAAAAUGACCACAAGAAUAAAGAUGAUCCCAAGGAACCAUGA